AUGGAUAUCCAACGCCAAUAUCCCAGUGUCCACUGGAUCUGGGGUGGAGGCAUCUCCUUCGUUUACGAGGUCCACCCUCGCAUUGUGGUCAAAGUCCCGAAGUCCGGGGAAUUCGAGAGGCAACAAUUCCAUAAAGAGCUCGAGAUAUAUCAAGUAUUCUCGCAAAAUCCACCUUGCCACUCUAUUGUGCAGUGCUUUCUCUUUUCCGACAGUGGCAUUUUCCUCGAGUACAUGAGAGAAUGGAUGAACGAUCUCGCUCAAGCCGUCGCUUUCUUGGAAUCCCUCAAUCUGGCUCAUGGUGAUUUACGACCGGAAAAUGUUCUACUUGACCGCAACCGACUGAAACUAUCCGACUUUGAUUGUACGGCGAGGAUUGGAACAAAUUACGAAGCUUGCAUGGCUCCAUAUGGCAGAAUACUCAACCACAGGGAAUCAGAUCAAGGAGAAUGUGGAACAUUCGGCUUCCUGGGCCCUCGAACAGAACAAUUCGCCCUUGGUUCCUUAUAUUAUCUGAUUAACUAUGGCUUUGAGAUUUAUGGCGAUCGCUGUCUUGCCGAAGAUCCUUACGAACAUGGUCCUAAGGUCGUGGACUUGCUACAGAACAUGGAAUUUCCGAAUUUGGAUGGAAAUCCCUUGAUUGAUAACAUCAUCAUCAGAUGUUGGCAUAACAAAUAUGUCAAAAUUUCAGACCUAGCUGCGCACACGAAAACACUUUUGAACGAAAGAACCGUUGCGAUGGAAAGUAGCGGAAGCGGAAAAAAGGAAAGUCGCGAAGUGGCAAACCUCGUUAAAACAAUGUUGAACGAACGAUGGUAUAUGGUCAUAGGUCGCUUAUUUCAUGGGAUAUUUUAUGGCCUAGGAACGUGGUGGAGAUCGUUAUUACAGAGUGUCCGCGGCGAGUCCAGAAUCGCCAAGCGAGUCUGUGGCGACCACAAUGAUGUUGUAGAUCAAAACUGCCUGGAAAAGGAUUUUCUGUCCAAAAAGGAAUUCUGUCAAGACCUGGAGAAACGUGGACUUCUUGAGGCGCUUACUUUAGGCGAGCCUGAGGAGAUUGGGUUCACUUUUGAUUGGUAUAGGUACAGCACAGUCUCUCAAAGUUAA